AGUUGAUUCUUGAAUUGUCAUUUUGGAUUUUGAUUUUGGAACAGUGUUUCAAAAUUAUCAUUAAACAUUUAAAAUCUCUAUCAGUCUGAUAUAACAGCAGCAAAUUUUCACACUCUUUUAUAAUUUCAUCAAUAUCAUGGCUGGAUUAUUUAAAAAUCUGGUUACCAGGGUUCCACAAAUUCUCAGAACAGUUCCACUGAAACAAAUUACUCACAGAAAUUUUGGUGUCACAUCAUCGUUAUUUAUUCCAAAAGUACAAGAACCAGCUCCAAAUUUUUGUGGAAUAGCAGUUGUGAAUGGUGACUUCAAAGAAAUUAAAUUAGCUGACUUUAAGGAAAGAUUUGUUGUUCUAUUUUUCUAUCCCUUAGAUUUCACAUUUGUUUGCCCAACAGAACUAGUUGCUUUAGAAGACAAACUUGAAGAUUUCAAAGCAUUAGGUGCAGAAGUAAUAGGAUGUUCAAUUGAUUCUCAUUUUUCACAUUUGGCAUGGAUCAACACCAAGAGAAGUUCUGGUGGUUUAGGCAGCAUUAGAUAUCCCUUAUUAUCUGAUAUUAACAAGGAUAUUGCUAAAAAUUAUGGUGUUUUAUUAGAAAAGGAAGGUAUUGCUCUUAGAGGAAUGUUCAUUAUAGAUACCAAAGGUAUCCUGAGGCACAUAACUGUCAAUGAUUUGCCCAUUGGCAGGAAUGUUAAUGAAGCGUUGAGGAUUAUUGAAGCUAUUAAAUUUACUGAUGAACACGGAGAAGUGUGCCCAGCCAAUUGGCAAAAAGGAGGAAAAACUAUAAAACCAGACCCCAAGGGUUCCCAGGAGUAUUUCAGUUCUUCAAAAUAGAUAUGUCAAAUGUUUUAUUUAAGAAAAAUAAUAAAAAAUGUCCAAUGUUGUAU